CGCGGCGUACGAUGCGGCUGAGCAGGCGGCGGUUCUGUUAUGCGGCGGGCGGCGUCUACUGCGUCUUCUCGCUCUACGCUGCCUACGUGGUGUUCUACGGCGCCAGGCAGUCCGCCUCCACGCUGCGGCCACAUGCGAGCCCUGGAGACCGGCAUAUAGCGGGCAGAGCUGGACAAGUGGAUGCCGUGGUUGGAAAAGGAGUGGACGAGGUGGAGGAGGAAGAUGACGGGACGGAGUGGAAUCCUUGGGGCCAGGAGUUUGAGAAAGAACCUCCGUACAAACCGAGGCCUCGCCCUGGCCCAGAGGAUGACUCCACGUGGAUUGUAAAGGUGCCCGGGGCUGCACCAGGGGCACCGCAAGCCACCAUCAUCCUGCCCCCAGGCCUGCGCAGGGUGCACAUCUGGGGAAAAGCUGCCAUUGGGAUGUACUUGUGGGAGCAUGUGUUUGGAGGAGAGCUGGUGACCAUGGAUUCUUCUGGGCAGUGGCAAGAGGGAGCCAUGACCAUUAAGGACAUGUAUUUCAGGUUCCGUACAGGCCCCAUGUUGGUGCCUGAGCAGGUGCCACUGGAGGGUGCGGAAGCGGUGAUGCUCGUUCUAAAUGGCCGCGAGGAGAACAAGGUGGCGUUCGCCAGGCCCUGGCUGAAGUGGGCACAGCAGCUGGUGGAGCAGGGCAGGAUCCGCGGCGCUGGCCUCGUGCUGCUGGGGAACGAGCGUUGCGACAACGAUUGGCUGGUGCCGCUACUGCGCGGCGCUGGCGGCUUCCUGGAGCCCACGUUCCUCGUGUACGACAGCCCCUUGGUGGACGGCUCCUCUGUGCUGCAGUGGCCACUUGGUGUUGCGACGUACAGAGGCUUCCCCGUCGUGAAGCCGUCCGAGGUAUCCCUGGAUGAGCCGCGUCGCUACGCCUGCAAUUUCCUGGGCACCGUGUACCCGGGCUCUUCCCGCGUGGCCAUGCUGCGCGCACUUCACGAGUCGGGCUUCGGGGACUCCUGCCUCGUUGUGGAACGCGAGCAGUGGCAGCCGAUGGAGACGUCCGAGAGCCGCGGGCGCUACAUGGAUGCGCUGCGGCAGAGCGACCUUACACUUUGCCCCGUCGGCGUCAACACGGAGUGCUACCGCAUCUACGAGGCGAGCGCGCUGGGCUCCGUGCCCGUUGUUGAGGACGUCCUCACCCCGGGCCAUUGCGGAAACUCCACGGCGAACGGCGGGCGGUGGACGCGGCACGCGGCACCUCUCCGCCUGCUCAAGGCUGCCGGAGCGCCGUUCGUCUUUGUACGGAACUGGAGCGAGCUGCCGGGCGUGCUGAGGCGAGAGGCCGCCAUGAGCGCACGGGACAAAGCGGAGAGGCGAGUGCGGCUCGUACGUUGGUACGAGAGCUUCCGGGCGGAGAUGCGGGACUCCUUCGUCGGCGCAGUCCGCAAGUCCUACUUUGGUGACAGGAUGUCGUGACAUUUGGUUCUGCACUUUGUGGGGGUGCAGGGUGGGUUACGUGCGGUUUUAAAGCGCUUAAGAGAAAGCAAAUAGUUAUUGAAAAAUUGAAUAUAAAUUUUUUACAUUUUUAAAAUGGAAGUGUAACAAUACAUAGCAGAGAAUAUUUUUGGAAUCAAGUUUUUUUGUGAAGUAGAAAUAGAAUUUGUGUGUUUGGAAUUAUAUACAACCUCUAAUUGAUCUGCCAAAACCAAAUUGUUGAAGUACAAUGUGUGUGUAGGUGCGGUUGUCUAAAGCUCAUGCUUUGCAUGGUCAACCUUGUAUCCCCAAAGUGGAGUUGCCACACACGCGCGCACCUCGUGGCUUAGCUAUCAACUGUGUAGGUGGUGCAACUGCACCGUAGCUCAUGUGCCAUCAGGGGCCUAACAAGCACCAUGCUACAAAGAGCCGGAGGGGAGGGAAUUGAACAAAGACCUGAUAGCAUUCCUCGCACCGGGGCCCAUGCCAACCACGCCACACAGCCGUAUUGAAGUUGCGAUCAUCUGUCUUCAGACUAGAUUCGUUGACAGUGGAGAAAGUAGAAUGAAAUUGCAUGUGAUGUUGAAGUUAUAUAACACAUUAGAAUGCUUGCUUUAUAUGGAUUCAAUUCAACAAAUGAGCGCUUUCGGGACACCCCGCUCUGAAUGAAGUUCAUUAUUUAAAUGGUUUGUUAAAUCAUGUGCUUUCUUAUAUCAGCAAAUGCCGAUUUUAUAAUCAAUUGGGUUUAAUGGAAUGGACUAUGCAACAAAAGUACCAUAAGCAUAUCAAUAGAAAGACUAAACAAUUAUUUUGAGUUUGAUUCAUGGUACAGUACUCAAGAUUGUUUGAGGAGUGUCGUGCCCAGCUAGUUAGUUUCACAAACAGGCGUGAUCCACAACCCCUUGCCCCUUUAUAGUUAGUAACUUAGUUGGUGGGGAACAUUUUAAAUCAUAUAUUUAUGAAAAAUGUUAAAAGCUUCAGAUUUUACUUGAUUAACUUGGUUUAUAUAGCUACGUGCGUGGACUAUUGGACUUAAGAGUGAAGACACCAACUGUUAAACACGAACCACUGUGUGAUUGUUAAUUGUCUACUACUGAACAUGGUUCCUGUCUACUUGAAGAUAUUUGUGAAGCUGUUUUCUUCAUGGAAUGCCUGAUGAACCUUUUGUGAAGACCGGUGCGAUGUUGGUUUGUGAGAUGUGAAUUCUGAAAGUGAAAGGUUGGAUCUGUUGCCAUCAAGUGUUUUAAAUUCGAUAGCAAUUAAAAGUUACCAUUUUCCUCGUUACAAUGGAUAGCAGUUUUCAAAUAUCUGUGAUAAAGGGCAGCUAUUAUUGAACUAAUCUUAACGUAUUGUCAUGUCUCCAGUACAAAUUCAAAUACAUUUUUAUUAAAUUAAGUCGGAAAUGUUUCGUGUAAUUGUUUGCCUACUGAAAGUAGAUGUAUCAAAUAGAAACAUUGUAAAUGGUACUUUUUCAUGAGUAGAAACAUUUACGAGAAUGUUGGGAAAUGUUUAGCCAAAUUAUGAUAAUAUAUAUUAUAAUUGCAAUAGAAAUUGCAAGAAUAAUUCAUUCAUGUUGCGUGUUGAACCUGUAAGUUCGUGCUACUUAAAAAUUCUGGAGGAGUGAACAGCAGUUUUUUUAUACUGCAAUUGCUUAAUUGAGAACUUGUUGAAAUGAUUGCUACAUUAAAAUUGCUUUGACAUAGCAAACUGCUGCCAAGCCUCAAAUUAAAUGGGUAGUUGUAAGACUGAUUCAAUUUGGAUUUCAUUAAGACAAUCAAUAGUUGGCAAUUGAGCUGUAUAAUACGGUAUAUUUUGGAGUUUAUGAAAUAUAAGCUUUAUAAGAUUACGUUACAGUGGAUAAUGCAUACAUCUGUCUGUUUUUUGUUUUUACCAAAGUGCACGUGGCUGUAACAACGUUAAUGGAAUAUUUGUGUCAUGAGGGCUUGUCAGCCCAUUUCUUACUACUGAUGCUGCAAGUAUUGUUUUACCGAUACGUAUAAAGAUAUCAUGUG